AUUUCCAUAAUGAGGCACAUAACUGGUGGCUUGUCCCACGUGCCGUGCCUUUCCAAACUCAAGGUCUAUCUCUUAACCCUCCUCUCCUCAGGUUCUAGCAGUUAUUGCGUGUCUCUCUCUAUAAAUUGAGAGGAUUUGUAUCUGAAAUCCGAGACACACACAGAGUUAUGACUCGGACUCCCAUUCAUCACAUAAUUCACAACCAACAGUCACACCACACUUUCUUUCUUUUCUUUUAUUCUUUCUGACAUAUAUACUCGUUCCUCAAGAAGAUACUCCUCACUAAAUUGCACCUAUACUAUAGAGAUUAAAAAGAAAGAAAUCUAAGGUAGCUAGCUAGAGAGAAGAAAGUGAGACCGAGCAGCAAGAAUCUUCUUUUAUCUCAUUUCUGCAAAUUGGCUUUCGUACAAAAUCUUUAAAGUGAAAAUCCUGCUUACGUCAAUCCACAACACAACGCUGCUCCAAGAUUUUGUUCUCUUUGGACCUAGUUUCCCAACAUUUUUUCUUUCUAUAACCCACUUUUCUUAUUAAUCUUUUCUAGCUAAUUACAUAUGGGUCGCACAUGCACGUAGCUAGGGGCUUGUAUAAUUAGUUUUCCGUUAUAUACAAUAUCAUAGAUAUAUAGGGUUUGAAAAAAAUAAAUAAUCAUCAAUGGCAACCGUGAAGAACAACAUCAAGAACGUUGUUACUAUUCUGUUGACAUUCACCAUAUGCCGUAUAAUUGUAUCUGAAGGAUUAACAGUGGAUCAAACAUUAACGGAGAUCCUCCACAUAGGACUUGAAGGUGAAGUAAGCACGGAGGCCGCUAAAUUAGAAGCAGCUUCAUUGGAUUUUGGGAGGUUAAGCAGCAAAGGAGAGACGAUUGCGGUGGUUCGACCAGCGUCGGCCAAUGACGUGGCAAGGGUAGUUAAAGCGGCGUAUAAAUGGCAGCAGUACUUUGCGGUGUCAGCGAGAGGACACGGACACUCAAUAAACGGACAAGCGGAUACAAGGAUGAAAGGAGUGGUGAUUGAAAUGGGAAAAGGAGGUGUAGGAAUUAAGGGUCCUCUAGUUUGGGAGAAAGAAAUGUAUGUGGAUGUUUGGGGUGGUGAAUUAUGGAUACAUGUUCUGAAGGCAACAUUGGAGUAUGGGUUAGCACCUAUGUCUUGGACUGAUUACUUGUAUUUGUCUGUGGGUGGUACUCUAUCUAAUGGUGGUAUUAGUGGCCAAACCUUCAAUCACGGUCCUCAAAUCUCCAAUGUUUUUGAGCUAGAUGUAGUUACAGGAAAGGGUGAGGUGUUGACGUGUUCAGAAGAUCGUAAUUCAGACUUGUUCCAUUCUGUUCUUGGUGGUCUUGGACAAUUUGGAAUCAUCACAAGAGCUAGAAUUGCUCUUCAACCAGCUCCACAAAGAGUUCGUUGGAUACGAGCUUUGUACUCGAAUUUUUCAACCUUUUGCAAGGACCAGGAGUUUCUCAUCUCUCUACAUGGGAAACCAGCGAGCCAGAGAUUCGACUAUGUUGAAGGUUUUGUGAUAGUGGACGAAGGACUUAUCAAUAAUUGGAGGUCUUCCUUUUUUUCACCGAGUAAUCCUGUUAAAAUCAGUUCCCUUAAUGCUGACGGAGGUGUUUUGUACUGUUUGGAGGUGACCAAAAACUACCACCAAGGAAAUGCUGAUUCUGUUGAUGAGGAGAUACAAGCUCUAUUGAAAAAGUUAGAUUUUAUAGACACAUCAGUGUUCACAACGGACGUGCCUUAUGUGGAUUUCCUGGAUCGUGUACAUAAGGCAGAACUCAAACUUAGAUCCAAGGGUUUAUGGGACGUUCCCCAUCCAUGGCUCAAUCUUUUUGUUCCAAAAUCAAGGAUAGAAGAUUUUGAUAAGGGUGUAUUCAAGGGCAUUUUGGGAAAUAAGACAAGUGGGCCUAUUCUCAUCUACCCUAUGAACAAAAACAAGUGGGACCAUCGGAGCUCGGCGGUGACACCAGACGAGGAGGUGUUUUACCUGGUGGCAUUUCUGAGAUCAGCUUUGGAUGCUGAGACACUGGAGCACCUGACUAAUCAGAACCGUCAGAUCCUGGGAUUCUGUCAUGAUUCGAAGAUAGGGGUUAAACAGUACCUACCCCAUUACACAACAAUGCAGGAGUGGAUGGACCACUUUGGAGAUAAAUGGACCCAAUUCAAUGCCAUGAAGAUGCAAUUCGACCCUCAACGAAUCUUAGCAACAGGCCAGCGAAUAUUUCAUUUUGAAGUCAUUACUAAGGAUGACAUGUAAUGCAGCAAACGAAAUAAACUCAGAAUGAUACAAGUGUAAAAAUGAUAAAUAAUUAAAGAAUUAGAAACAGGUGUUUUUUUCCUU